GGGAAUGACCGCUUUAAAAGGAGACGAGUGCAGUGCAAAACGUGUUCAGUCUCUCUCAAGACGUCCAUUAGUCUACUCUCACCAUGAAGCCCGAAGUCUUUAUCGGGUUUGUGUGCUGGCUCUCUGUUGUUUCAUCAGCUGCUAUUGAACACUCAAUCCAUGCUCGUGAUGCUCCUGCUGCUCCUGCUGAAACAAUUAGUCCGGCACCAACUCAGGAUAGUUCAGCAGAGGGACGUGCAGUGCCAUACAUUAUGCAGUCCGGUCAAGGGUUACCUCCGCCUCCUGUUCCUCAACCAGGUGGAGUUUACCCACAAGUUCCUAAUGCUCCAGGUGGUCCAACUGCAUUUGGCACUGGGGGAUCAGCUUACCAUGAUCCUGCUGACAUCCGUGAAGAGGUCACCACUAACCUUGAGUGCCAGAAAACUUACAUGAACAUCUAUUUCAAGUUUUCCAAGCCUUUUGGUGGUUUCAUCUAUCCGUAUGGCUUCUUUGAUAAGUGCAUUUUAUUCGUGGGUCAUGGAGAGAAGGAAGUCAAGUUAACUAUGAGCCAAGACAUCUGUGGAGCUCCACCACCACCUCUUGUUCCUGGAUAUUCUCAACGAACCAACCCAUUCAUUGAGCACCGGCUGAUGAUUCAGUGGGAUACUGAUUUAGUUCAGGAGUACGACACAAACAUUCUUAUCCGCUGCGAUAGGCCCGAAGACUACAAUCGUACCAUCAAGUUUGAUUUGUCUUCUGUAGUUGGAGAAAGCAAUCAGGCUAUUGUGCGGACACACCCUGGACCAAAACUGUGGAUGGAGAUUCAGGAUGGAGAAGGUCCUACUGCUCCUCCUGUUCUGGGUCCCGUGUUUUUGGGCCAAACCCUUUCGUUGGUCUUUACUUUGGGCGACGAUGUUUUCAACUUCGACUCCAAUGUCUUGAAUUGUUGGGCAACUGAUGGCAAGACCAGUCAACCUCUUAUUCCUUACGUCGAUCCUAGUCAAAGUGCUGCCCCAGCACGUCCUUUAGUCACACAGCUUCAAGUGAUUGACGCUUCUUGCUCUGUUAAGCCUAAGCUCUUUGGUAAUUUCCAGAAAAUUCGUGAGUCUACUCCUACAUUGAAAACCACAACUGAAUGGGUUCUCUUCAAGGCCUUCCGUUUCCCUACUACCGCGCGAGUGUUGAUUCAGUGUGACAUUCAAGUUUGCUUCGAAAAGUGUUAUCCCCAGACUCCUUGCAAUGUGCCUUAUAAUUCCCGGACCAAUCGUAAACGCCGUGCAGUUGUUAAUUCCACUGAUACUAGCAACGAAGUUAAUCCUGAAAGGUUGUCCAUGUAUCGAGCUAUUGAAGUGUUCCUUCCGAAAGACGAGGACAACUUACCAAUGGCUGUGGUAAAUGGAUCCGCCGAUAUGCUAUCCCGCAUGCUGAUGCCCCGGACAGAUUGUUUGUCUCCUUCCACUUUUUAUGGCGUCAUCCUGGGACUGGGCAUCGUUCUUUUAAUCAUCAUUGCAGUUGUGGCCGUUUACGUUCAACGACAAGUUAAGAAAAACCGGUCUUCUAAAUAGAUGUAAUGCAUGUUCGUUGCUAUGUCGUUAAUGUUUGAUCAGAGAUACAUAUUUAUCGAGGCCCUGAUA